AGAUAACACAACACACUUCACUCUAAACUCAUUUCACUCCAAUCCAUAUCCCUAUCUUCUUCUCCUUCUCCCCCAAAAUCCCACCAUUGCUCAAUCUCUCUCUUGAGCUGAGAAGAAGAAGAAGAAGCUUGGCUUAGCUUAGCUUUAUCCCAACUCUACAAUGGCAAUUUCUUCAACUGCAGCCUCAGCUUCCACUAAGCUCGUUUACCCAUAUGCAUCUUCAUCUUCACCUUCUUCUUCUUCUUCUUAUCCUUCAACCAAUGCCAUUUUAGCCUCUAGACCAACAUCGAAACUGACCCAUCUCUCUUCUUCGUUCAUAAACCCCUCCACCAUUCUUCACCUCACACCAGUCACCACAACUACCCCCACUCGACACUCCCGGUCCUUCACAAUCCGAGCGGCUCGUGGGAAGUUUGAGAGGAAAAAACCCCAUGUCAAUAUUGGCACAAUAGGCCACGUCGACCACGGCAAGACCACCCUCACUGCUGCUCUGACCAUGGCCUUGGCUUCCACCGGAGGAGGUGCCCCCAAGAAGUACGACGAAAUUGACGCCGCCCCAGAGGAACGUGCUCGUGGUAUCACCAUCAACACCGCCACCGUCGAGUACGAGACGGAAAACAGGCACUACGCCCAUGUCGACUGCCCUGGUCACGCUGAUUAUGUGAAGAACAUGAUUACCGGUGCUGCCCAGAUGGACGGAGCUAUCCUCGUCGUUUCAGGUGCAGACGGCCCAAUGCCUCAGACCAAGGAGCACAUUCUGUUGGCUAAGCAAGUGGGUGUGCCUAACAUGGUGGUUUUCUUGAACAAACAGGACCAAGUUGAUGAUGAGGAGCUUUUGCAGCUUGUGGAGUUAGAGGUUCGUGAGUUACUUUCUUCGUAUGAGUUUCCUGGUGAUGAUGUGCCUAUUGUUUCUGGUUCUGCUUUAUUAGCUUUAGAGGCUUUAAUGGCUAAUCCUACCAUUAAACGAGGAGAGAACCAAUGGGUUGAUAAAAUUUAUGAGCUUAUGGACUCUGUUGAUGAUUACAUUCCAAUCCCACAACGCCAAACUGAUCUUCCAUUUUUGCUUGCCAUAGAAGAUGUGUUUUCGAUUACAGGUCGUGGUACUGUGGCCACUGGCCGUAUAGAAAGGGGUACCAUUAAGGUUACUGAUACAGUUGAAAUUGUUGGUCUAAAGGACACAAGAACCACUACCGUUACUGGGGUUGAAAUGUUUCAGAAAAUCCUUGAUGAUGCUAUGGCUGGUGACAAUGUGGGAUUGUUGCUUAGAGGUAUUCAGAAAGCUGAUAUACAGAGAGGGAUGGUUUUGGCUAAGCCUGGUACCAUUACCCCACAUACCAAGUUUGAGGCAAUUGUGUAUGUGUUGAAGAAGGAAGAGGGUGGCCGACAUUCACCAUUUUUCGCAGGCUACAGGCCUCAGUUUUACAUGAGGACUACUGAUGUCACUGGUAAAGUGCUCACCAUUAUGAACGAUAAGGAUGAAGAGUCUAAGAUGGUCAUGCCUGGCGACCGUGUCAAGAUGGUUGUUGAACUCAUUGUUCCAGUGGCCUGUGAGCAGGGAAUGAGGUUUGCUAUUAGAGAAGGAGGGAAAACAGUCGGAGCCGGUGUUAUUCAAUCCAUAAUUGAGUAAAAGAGGAAGAUUAUUUCGGAGUCUGUUAGCAAACUGUCAUUCUCACCAUUUUGAGUGGUGUCAAAAACUUUUAUGUUAUCAGCUUAAUUCUUGUUUAGUUUUGGGACUUUACUCAAUAUCCUUUUCUUUUAUCCAAUGUCAUAUAUUUUGUAGGUUUGUUUCCCUUUCUCCCUUUUUGAUGUUUAGUCUAGCUGGAUGAUGUAAUGGUGAUAAUUGAUAUAAUUCAACAAAAGUUUGGCUUUAA